CUUGGGUCCGAGAGGCUCUGAGGUACCCGGAGCGGCGGCGCGGCCACUGGGUGGAGGCUGAGGCGGAAAACAAGCCGGAGGGAUAGGAGCAGCCGGGCGCAGGCGCCGCCUCCGCAGCUCCCUCCAUGGUCCGUGCCCGCAGCCCGCAGUGGCCUGUCUUGCACUUCACCUUCUCUACAUCCUCGUCCUCUUCGGGAGCCGCCGGCUGCGCUGUGUGGAGGCCCCGGCGCUGAAAUCCCUGGCGUGACGGGCGAGGGCGGCGGACCAGGCUAGGGGUCCGGGACCGGGGGGCACCCUGAGGCGCGGGCGCGCCGGCGGGCCGACCCGCAGCCCGCCGCCGCCGGCCCGGCCCCGCCACCGCUGCCCGCGGGGCUCCUCGGCGCGGCCGCCGGGGCCUGGGGAGCAUGAGCCCCGGGACCCGCCGGGGGACGGCCCGGGCCCAGCCCGGGAUCUAGACGGCCGUGGGGGAGGGGCGCCGCCCGCCGGCGGCCUCGCUCCAGAACCGCCGGGCACUCGAGGUCGCCGUCGCCGGCCCCAAGGGCCGCGCUGUUCUGUUUCACCUUCACGUUGAGCAAAAGUGAAGUAAAAUGUCCACUCGGACCCCACUGCCAACGGUGAAUGAACGAGACACUGAGAACCACAUGUCACAUGGAGAUGGGCGACAAGAAGUUACGUCUCGCACUGGGCGCUCUGGAGCUCGGUGUAGAAACUCUAUAGCUUCCUGUGCAGAUGAACAACCUCACAUUGGAAACUACAGACUGUUGAAAACAAUCGGCAAGGGGAAUUUUGCAAAAGUGAAAUUGGCAAGACACAUCCUUACAGGCAGAGAGGUUGCAAUAAAAAUAAUUGACAAAACUCAGUUGAAUCCAACAAGUCUACAAAAGCUCUUCAGAGAAGUAAGAAUAAUGAAGAUUUUAAAUCAUCCAAACAUAGUGAAGUUAUUUGAAGUCAUUGAAACUGACAAAACACUCUACCUAAUCAUGGAGUAUGCAAGUGGAGGUGAAGUGUUUGACUAUUUGGUUGCACAUGGAAGAAUGAAGGAAAAAGAAGCAAGAGCUAAAUUUAGACAGAUAGUGUCUGCAGUCCAAUACUGCCAUCAAAAGCGGAUCGUUCACAGAGACCUCAAGGCUGAAAAUCUAUUGUUAGAUGCUGAUAUGAACAUUAAAAUAGCUGACUUUGGUUUUAGCAAUGAAUUUACUGUUGGCAGUAAACUGGAUACAUUUUGUGGCAGUCCUCCAUAUGCAGCCCCAGAGCUCUUCCAGGGCAAGAAAUACGACGGGCCAGAGGUGGACGUGUGGAGCCUCGGUGUCAUUCUUUACACCCUGGUCAGCGGGUCUCUCCCCUUUGAUGGGCAGAACCUAAAGGAACUGAGAGAGAGAGUAUUAAGAGGGAAAUACAGAAUCCCUUUCUACAUGUCCACAGACUGUGAAAACCUUCUCAAACGUUUCCUGGUGCUAAAUCCAAUAAAACGAGGCACUCUAGAGCAAAUCAUGAAGGACAGGUGGAUCAACGCAGGGCAUGAGGAAGAUGAACUUAAACCAUUCGUUGAACCAGAACUAGACAUCUCAGACCAGAAAAGAAUAGAUAUUAUGGUGGGAAUGGGAUACUCACAAGAAGAAAUUCAAGAAUCUCUUAGCAAAAUGAAAUAUGAUGAAAUCACAGCUACAUAUUUGUUGUUGGGGAGAAAAUCUUCAGAGCUGGAUGCUAGUGACUCCAGCUCUAGCAGCAACCUUUCACUCGCUAAGGUGAGGCCAAGCAGUGAUCUCAACAACAGUACCGGCCAGUCUCCUCACCACAAAGUGCAAAGGAGUAUUUCUUCAAGCCAGAAGCAGAGGCGGUAUAGUGACCAUGCUGGACCAGCUAUUCCUUCAGUUGUGGCAUAUCCAAAAAGGAGUCAGACCAGCACUACAGAUAGUGACCUUAAAGAAGAUGGAAUUCCCUCCCGAAAACCAGGUGGCACUGCUGGUGGAGGAAAGGGAAUUGCUCCAGCCAGUCCCAUGCUUGGGAAUGCAAGCAAUCCCAAUAAGGCGGAUAUUCCUGAGCGCAAGAAAAGCUCCACUGUCCCGAGUAGUAAUACAGCAUCUGGUGGAAUGACACGACGAAAUACCUAUGUUUGCAGUGAAAGAACUACAGCUGAUAGACAUUCAGUAAUUCAGAAUGGCAAAGAAAACAGCCUGACAGAAAUGUUCGCUUACACAGCUAGCCCUGCCUCAGUUUGUACCACAUCUUCCACCUGUCGGCUGAGACAUCAGAAGUCGAUGUCCAUGUCAGCCUCUGGGCACCCCAAGAUGAUGUUACUACCUCCAAUAGACAGUGAAGGAGAUAACUUCAAGGCUAUCACUGUUCCUGAUCAGAGAACUCCAGUUGCUUCAACACACAGUGUCAGCAGUGCAGCCACCCCAGACCGAAUCCGCUUCCCCCGAGGCACUGCCAGUCGCAGCACAUUCCACGGCCAGCCCCGAGAGCGGCGAACUGCCACCUACAAUGGCCCGCCAGCCUCACCUAGCCUGUCCCAUGAAGCCACACCAUUGUCACAGACACGAAGCCGAGGUUCCACUAAUCUUUUUAGUAAAUUAACUUCAAAACUCACAAGGAGGGUCAUCCGGUGGCCUAUCCCUGGCCUCCCUGUCCCCCAGCUCCUUCUUCUGGGACUAGGUUGGAAUGGAAUCUGCCUCUGAAACUUGGGUGGGAGGAAGUGGAGCCAGGUAUCACUGACCUGGCUCUUUACCUCCCUGACCAUGCUUAAUGUCAACUGGCGUUUGGCCCUCUGAGCCCCAAUCGCAGGGGGAUGUGCAGCAGUUAGGCCUCUCUAAACUUUAGUUACGGGACAGUCAGCUUUGUAUCCUUACGUUUUGGUCUAUAACAGGCUCUUAAAUAAAACCUUGCACACCAUUGAAAUCUUUGAAUCUGUCUCCUUUGUGCUCUUUUUUUUGGUCAUCUUAAUACUAUCACUGAUGAAAAUAAUACCAGCUACCAUUUAGUGAGUGAUUACGAUGUGCUAAGAGAUCUAUGGAGCUAGAUGUGCUCAUUUCAGAUUUAUAAACAUGUAUGUGUACACACACACAUUCUCUCUCACACACAUUUAAUUUCCACAGUCUACCCUGUGGAGUAGAUAUUAACCCAGCUUUAUAGAAGAAACUGGAAAUGAGGUGCAGAGAGAUUAAGGCACAAGUUCAAGAUCCUGCAGCAAGAAAAGUGCUGAGCCAGGUUAGCUGAUUGCAGAAGCUUGGGUUCCCUGUGUAAGAUGGUAAAGGGCCACAGCAGGCAGGGCUCCUUUUCCUUCAUUUUCUAAUCAAGUUUAUUUCAUGAAUUUGAAUUGAAUUUGGAGAUUGGGGUUUCUUGUUAAAAAAUUCCAGGGGUGUCGCCUUAUUUUACAAUUUCUAGACAGUUUCCACCCCCAAAUGUUUGCAGAAAGAUAGUCUCCUAUUAAAGUUUGCAAACUGAGAGCUUUUGUCUUCUGUGGAAUGUGGUACUUCAAUUGUAGUUGGUUCAUUCUGAAAAAAAUAAUCAAGAGUCCUUGCUGCUGCUAUCAGUGUCAGCUUCCUUCUCUCCCUAACAGUUGCUGGGGUUGAAGUUCUAGUGCCUGAAAGGCUUGGGUGUUGGCACUUAGAAUUGCAAAGAAGGCCUUUAGGAACUUGGUGGAAGAGAGCUGGUACCAGAUAGCCUGCACUCUGCUCCUGGCUCUGCCCUCGGUGUCAUGUGGCCUUGGAGAGCUGCAGGCCCUGGGACCUUUGAGGCCCUUUGAAGUCAGAUGAACAAGACUUUCCCUUUGGGGGCCAGGCCUGGCCCUUCAGGGAUAUCCCUGCAGGCAGAACAGCCCAGGCAUAGGUGUAGGCACCUGUGAGGGCCUCAGCUCUCUACUUCCUCCUUUUUACACCCCAAGAGGCCCAUGGGAGUGAAAGUCUAGAAAAGUAGUGUGAAAGGUACUUGGUGCAUAACCCUAACUCUUCUCAGGAGAUUUGGAAAUGGACCUUCUAAUCAAUUUUCAACUAAAACAUAGUUUAAAUAAUGCUUUAUAUUUGUCGUACUCAGUUAUUUAUGAGAUCUUUUCACAUGCAUGAUCUCUGCUGCAUGUAACCCUGCCGUGUACCACUUCUGAUUUGAUUAGGAAGUGGUUGGCAGUUAUCCACAGUAGUUAGAUAUUUUUUUAAUUGGUCAGUAUCUGAAGCAAUGCCAAAGUUAUCCCAAAUUUUAAAAAAUGUAAGGAAUUCAUUGAUACAGUCUGUCACUCAGCAUAUAUAUAUAUAUAUAUAUAUAUACACAUAUAUGAGUGUCUCCCAUGUUCAGUCACAGAGCUGGUAAGUUUUAGAAGUAGUUUGACAAGCCUAGCCUGCACUUGCCCAGGAAUGCUGAUCACAUGAUCGUAUAGACUGGAUCUGUAGUUUGAAAUUUCUCUUGUCAGAUUCUGUUCUGUACAAUCUAAGCAUCUUACAUUUUUUUAGCAAGCAUAGUCAUUUUUAAAUACAUCUCUUCUAGCCUUUACAUAAAAUAAUAUAAAUGAAACCCCCACUUGUUACCCUCUCAUUUAAUUUUUACUCGUACCUGAAAAGUUUUAUUUCAUUUUAAACCCCAGAAAGUUACAUCUUUAGAUGACUUAUACUACUAUAACAGACGUUCUAUUAAUGCUUAAACCAUCUUUCUGAAAUAAGUAAUGAUUCCCUUAAUUGUUAAACAUUUUAUAAUGAAAUUUUUAAUGUAUAUGAAACUGAGACUUGUUCACAAGUUAUUCUGAAGGAAAUUAAUUACUAGUACAUUGCAAACAAGUCAUUAACAAGGUUGGAUUUUAUUAUCUUAAAAGUAUAUCCAUCUGAAGAACCUUAAGUUUAAUUACAGCUAAUGUCAAUAUUUACUGAUAAAUUUUUUCUUACAAGUAGUUUUUUACACUUCUGAUUAAAAGGUCACAUCCUCAAUUACCUGUAUUAAUUUUACUUUUUCAACAAAUGUCACUGUUUCAUUGUUCAUUGGACAGAAGACCUCUGUUUUGUUCUUUUUCUCUAUAUAAUUAACUAGAUUUUCUAUUUAAUUUGUGCAAGUCAUUUUUGUUAAUU